AUGAACAAUCAUGGAUCCAGUGGAAGCAUGUCUUCUAGUUCUGCCGAUAUUACUGGACUUACCACCAAUAAUAUGCUUGCAAGUAAUUUGAUCCAAAUGAUUCCACAAGUAAAGCAGCAGGGAAUUUUCACCAAUAACAACCCAUUCAGCUACAACUUUGGCACAUCUGGAAUUCAGAACAAUUUUACUAAUCAGCAGCUGAUUGGUAACUUUUCUGGAACCCACCCUAAUUGCAGAUCUGAGAUAUUGGGAAAACUCAAUAAUCUCAAUGGGACUGGUGGACUUUCAUCAAAUGGGUUUAACUUCAACAAUGAGAUUAUCAAUGGCUUGACCAAUGGGGUUCGAAACGUGAGUCUGAGUGGUACUACUGCACCAAUGGCUACCUUAGGAGGUUCUUCGUCAUCGUCGUCUUCUGCUGGGUUUGAGACUAGCACUACUACUUCUAGUGCAUAUCAGUUUCUAAAAGUUUUCAAUAAGAACAAAGAAGAUCAGCAGCAAAAUGUUUCUGUGUUGCCACCCCCAGCUGAGAAUAACGAUAAUAAUAUUACUACUGCUCCUACAUUGGUCAACAAGAAUAGAGUGGCUCCUGAACAAGAACUGGACAAAACUCUUGAUGAUUUGAUGAUUAGUAAUCUUUUCAUGGACGAGCAUAACAACUAUCAGCCUUCUUCUUCUCAGCAAAAAGGUGGAGAUCAAGAUCAACUUCCUCCCGACUUCUCAAGUUUCUUGUAUCCAGUUGAAGUGCCAGACGCUACUCCGAAUCAAAUGAACCCUAGUGCUGCAGACCAAGGCCUGGACACUGCUGUAAACAAAGUUUCCAACCCUUCUGCGGACCAAGGUCUGGGCACUGCUGUAAACAAAGUUUCCGACCCUUCUGCAGACCAGCAGCAGGGAGGUGAUCAACAAGUACUCAACCCCGAAUUCAGAGGCAACGUCUUUGACCCAGAGGACUAUAACAUGUUAUCUGAGACACCACUACCUUUUCCGGAUUGUGACCAUGAUUUCCUGAAUGCCCUACUGGGUGAUGGUCUUUAA